ACAGACACAAGCUGAGAGCUACUGCUGAUAUUACGGUAGUGUCCGCACUGAAGCGCUGCAGAGAGACUCGAGAGCGCAAGUGUAUUCAGGUUUGCAGCCAAGGAAGCCACACGACAUUCGUUUGGACCUAUUUUAAGUGUAUUUCGCUGACGUUAGUUGUUAUAAUAUUCUUUGCUUGUUUGAAUAAGGGUUUUGCAUGCUUUUAUAGUUAGUGCAUGUUUUGCGCUUCUAUCGGUUGCUGCAGUCUCCAUCAGCGUCUUACUCAGCAUUCACGCGCAAGCUUUAAUACUCUUAACUCGUUACAUAAGGCUUUAACGAGUUAAAUGUGGACAUCGCCGUGUCUUUGGGUCGCCAAACACCACUGACCUUUGAAAUCAAUCCGUUAAUUAUUUUGAAAGUCAGACAUAGCUGGUGUUCAUGCCCGAUCUGCAGCGCUUCAGUUUUCCGCACCGUAGCAUGAAUUCUCCUCUCCAUCAGCAUCAGCAGCAGCAGCACCAACACCAUCAGAAUCCAGAAGGACCCGGUCAUCCCGAUUCUCCCUCCGGUUUACUCCCCGAGGCUGCUGUCCUCGGAGCUCCUGACCCAUCCUCGUUUUUCCUCGGAGAACAAACCGGCCCACAAAUCGCACUUGACCUUACGGCAUCCUCUUAUCUGCACUUCAGUCCAUCGCUCCACUGGUCCCAACCUCCUCCACCUACAGCCAUGGCAUUGAGAAACGACCUGGGAUCCAAUAUAAGCGUCCUGAAGACCCUCAAUCUGCGGUUCCGAUGCUUUCUGGCUAAAGUGCAUGAGCUGGAGAGACGCAAUAAGAUAUUGGAGUUACAGCUUCAGCAGGCUUUAGACAGCAAUAACACGGGUGGAUGCGUGGAGGACGGAAACACCAAAGAAAUUGGUGUGCAGACUGGGUUUAUUGGGCCUAUUGCCGUCCGGCCUGGGUCUUUGUCCUUUCAAAACACCAAUAACUCCGCGAAACGACCCACUACGUUGUUUAUGCCUUCUCUUACGACUGUCCUCAAGCUUGAGCCCAAUAAAGCUGACGAUGAGAGCACAACUGACCCAAACAUUAAUAGGAACCCAACCAUCACGGUUAGUCUCUCAACACCCACCACCGAAGCCGCCUCGGCCAACACCAACAACUCCAAUAAUGCUCUGCAUGUGAGCAGCGUUGGCACCGGGACGUCUCCCAACCCUCCUCCUCGCUUCCUGCCAGGCACUAUCUGGUCCUACAAUCACACCCGUAAACUGGGAAGCGGGUCCGAGACUCGGGUCACCAGUCCUGGAGUUUCAUGGGUCCACCCGGAUGGCGUGGGUGUCCAGAUAGACACCAUCACCCCAGAGAUCAGAGCACUUUACAACGUUCUGGCCAAAAUCAAAAGGGAGCGGGAUGAGUACAAGCGAAGAUGGGAAGAGGAAUACACCAUGAGAAUGGACAUGGAAGAGAGAAUGAAUGAUCUUCAGGAGGACCUACAGGAGAGUGAGGAGUGUCAGGAUGAGCUGGCCCUCAAGGUGCAACAGCUGAAAGCUGAACUUGUGCUCUUUAAAGGACUCAUGAGUAAUAACCUGUCGGAGCUGGACAGUAAGAUCCAGGAGAAGGCCAUGAAAGUGGACAUGGACAUCUGCAGACGCAUUGACAUCACAGCUCGCCUAUGUGAUGUAGCCCAACAAAGAAACUGUGAAGAUCCAAUCAAGAUCUUUAAGGUCCCCAGCCCUCAGAACGCCAUCACCUCUCGUGCCCGUAAACAAGCCUCACAACCUGCCAAUGGCAGCGAGACAGAUGAGCCAGUCAGCACAUCUGAGAGUGAUGGAGGUGGUGCGCGAGACGAUGAAGCGUGCACCCCUUCAACCCUCCAGAUCAAUGAAGAGAUGCAGAGAAUGUUGACCCAACUGCGGGAAUGUGAGUUUGAGGAUGACUGUGACUCUCUGGCUUGGGAAGAGACCGAGGAAACACUCCUUCUCUGGGAGGAUUUCCCAGGAUGCACUUUAACAGCAGACACCAAUCAGGGGGAGGAGGAGUGCUUGGAAAAGGUGAUUAAGGACACUGAAUGUCUUUUUAAGUCCAGGGAGAAGGAAUAUCAGGAGACUAUAGACCAGAUAGAGUUGGAAUUGGCCACAGCAAAGUCGGACAUGAACCGUCAUCUUCAUGAGUACAUGGAGAUGUGCAGUAUGAAGAGGGGACUGGAUGUGCAGAUGGAAACCUGCAGGAGACUCAUCACUCAGAGUGGAAACAAUAAAACCACUUCUUCUAUACCUGGAGGUGGUGCAGAAGCAAACGGAGAAACAGGGAGGGAUAAAACUGAGGAAGGAGGAAGAUAAUGAUGUCAUCAGAUCUGAAGAAGGUGUUUGCAAGAAGAAGAAAAAGCGCCCCCUCAUCUCUUCAUGGCACCCUUCAUCAGCCCUUCUCAUGUUUUCACAGUCUAUCCAGUCACUGCCUCUAGUGGUGGUAAAUGGAAUUACAUCGUGUGUGCUCAGUCCCCAAAAGUGAACAUGUACUGUGACAUUUUUCCCCUGUGGUUGUGCAGAGCAGCUUUACUGUUUUCACACCUACAUAAUCUUAAAAGAUGAGAGUCCUGACAACAUUUGCUUUUAUCUGCUUUCAUUGAGCCCAUCCACCAGCGGGGAUCGAUCAUGUUUUCCGAUCCGAUGCCCAAAAUGUCUGAGUCAUCAUAUUUUCAACACUGAAUACAAUCACUUUUGUUUUCAUAUGUCUGGUAGAGAAUCACUGACAGUGUUUUCGCAAAGUUUCCAUUUCCUAGAGACUCCGAGGGGACAUUUGCUCUCUUAUCGUUGCCGCAUGUACCGUUACGUGCCGCUGUAAGCUCUGGGUCAGUAGGUGUGUUGUGCUUCCUGUCUGAGCUGUUGUAAAUACUGGGCUGUUAAUGCUAAUGAAGGGUGGAGGUAACUGUAGCCUGCACGUCCCCCAUCUUUGUGCUCAAAUUCACACGAAAUAUAUGACAUUUCAUGCUAACGGUAUUGUGCUGAUGCCAGGCUGCUUCGGAGUCUCGGUUGUAUCUGCUCUUAGAAUAAUGAACACUUCCUCUCUUGCGGGUGGAAAACAUGAGUGAUGGGUGAGGUCAGAUGAGUGAGAUUUGAGGAUGUUAUGGCUCAGAGUAAUGUCAGAGCAUUACGCAUGUCAACUUCUGUUAUUUCCUUUUUACUUUUCCCCUCAUUUUACGACUUUGAGAUCAGCGAUAUUGAGUCUUUUUCUCAUUUCAGAAAACUGAAUUUCAUGAAAAAGCUGUGUAUGUAACGCUGCUGUAGAUGUGAGACCUGCUUCAGUCCAUAAAAUAUCUAGGAUUUCAAAGGUCUUUCUGUUUUGGAUAGUAAAAUCCUUCCAGUGCAGUUCACCUUUGGUAUUUUUCUGUUUCGUAGACCUUGCUGGUGCCUCUGAUGGCUGAGAUUGAUGCCAUGAUCUGUUUGUUUGUCUGCCCAGGGAUCAGUCUUGUAGUCCAGUCCUUCAGAGCAAAUUAUUUUCAUGAUAGUGGUCUCCUUGAUCUUUGGGAGUUUUUAAGAGUAUCCUAUCUUGUUACAAUAGAUAGGUCUACCAGUGGACCCUUAUAAAGUGAGAUCCUGAUAGGUUAAACUCACCAAUGAAUGAUCUUACUAAAGACUCUAUGAAAUGUUUGACAAACUUUGGAACUUACAAACAGCUGGAUCUUGCAGAAAUUCUUUUCUGCCUCAGGAGUUUAAAAAAGAUCAUUGUGAAACUUUGUUUCUUGUAAUUGCGAGUUAAUAUCUCAAAGUUACGACUUUAUUUCCCAUAAUUCCAAGGUUGUAUCUUUCAAUUGCGAGUUUGUUUCUCGCAAUUACAACUAGAUGUUCUGCAGUUGUGACUUUAUUUCACAUAACUGCAACCCUAUAUCUUACAUUUGCAGCUUUACGUCUCUCAAUCUCAACUUUCUUUUUUUCAUAAUUGUGUUUUUAUAUCACAACUGUGACUUCGUAUCUCAUUAAGGCAUUUCUUUUAACUUUGACGUGUCACAGUGACUUUGUUUCUUGUAAUGCGACUUUCUGUCUCACAGUUACAACUUCAUUUCUAAUCAUUUUCUAGUGACUUUGUAUCUUAUAAUUUGACAUUGUUUCUUGUGAUUUUGACUUAAUAUUUCAAAGUUGUGGCUUUGUUUUUCAUAAUUGCGAUUUCAUGUCUCAUAAUUGCAACUGUUUCUUGUAAUUCUGACUUUUUAUCUCACAGCUGCGACUUUAUUUCAAGUAAUUGUGACUUGAAAUCUUACAGCUGCAACUUCCCAGCAGGCACACAACAGGCACACAACAUCAUAAGACGAUGAUAUUUGGUUACAUUUCGGUUGCGAUGUCAGGUGACCAGAAUUCAACGUAAAUUCAACAUCUAAUGUCAAUGUUAAAUUGAUGUCCAAUACUGACGUCAGCUGACGUUGAGAUUUUGUUGUUUUUAGGUUGUGCAACCAAAAUCCAACGUCAAAUAUUGAUGUCAACCCGUUUUUCAUUUUCAACCAAAAUGCAACGUCUGUCCGACGUCAACCUGACGUUACAUAGACGUCUGGUGCCUGCUGGGUUUGUUUCUCAUGAUUGUGAAAUUCUUUAUGUGGAGGUGGAAAGGGGCUGAUUUAUGGACUGAUUUUUGUAUGCAUCCUGCAAAUUAAGAUUUGUUGAACUGUUGAGUGUGAGAUCUCGAUAGGUUUGAUCUAUUGGAUUAGACCCGCUAGAGAUCUAAAAAUCCCAUGAAAUAGUUUAAUGAACAAAUUUUCUUUUGUACCCACCUCAAAAGAGUGAGAUUCUAAUGGGUUAGAUUUACAGGAGAAUGAUCUUUCAGUCAUUUUCUUGAGUAAUACAGUAUAUCAUGCAAAUUAAUGUAAUCUGAUUCAAGUCUAAAAUUCUCAAGAACCUCACAUGAUUUGUAAUAAUCAGUUCUUUUUUUGGUAGAGCAUUCUCUAAUUCUAAUCAAACGCCCACAGGGACUAAUACAGUAGUUCCAGAAGAAACUGACAAACCGACUUCUGGUUGGCUUUGUUGGUCAUUCAUAUCUGUAGUCAAAUAUAUAGUCUGCGUGUAAACCACAGCUUGAAUUCAAGAAUAGAGACUAAAACUCUUUGAAAGAGACAUUUCGAGUGCCAAAUGUGCAAUAAAAGGAAAGAUACUUUACACAGUGAAAAUGAAAACCUCAUGCUUUUGAAAACAUGGUGCUGUACACCCAGCAUGUCAAUUUCCGAUGAAAAACAAAGAGUGAUAGCUUUAAUAAAUAUAUUACAGCACAUAUCACUUUCUAUGAUGAGCCAGAACAGAAUUUAUUCUUUUAAACAGUAUGUUAUGUACCAUCCUCAGGUUGUUUUUCUUUUUAUCUUGUUCUAUUUUUUGCAUACUGACUGAUGAACAACACUAGUGUGUCUGCCUUAGGUUUUUCCCUCUGACCACUGUGAAGUUCUGUAGGGGUUUUGCAGAUUCACUGUAAAUUUUCAUUUAAAAACAAUGUUCUAUGGGUACCAAUUAAACAGCGUGUAAAAAUCUUAGUUUGAUUGGGGAAAAAAAAAACAGCCCAGAAAAAUAUUGAUUGAUUCAUUAAAAUGUUACAAUUUGAUUUUGAGGAGAAGGCUUUGUUUAUCUGUGAACUAAAUAUUGCAUUUCUGCUGCCAAUAAGAAGCACUGUAAAUGGCUGAGCCAUUGUUCAUUCACGGAUAUUGUUUUAUUAUUAUUAUUUUAGUUUAGGUUAUUAUUUUUUUUAUGUUGUUUCGCCGCACUGAGCUGAACUACGUGUGUAAGAUAUGUAUGCAUGUGCACUCCAGGUUUCUGCAAUGAGUAACUGGUUAUUGUCUACAGCAAUUUACUUGUUGUUUGUUGCUAUAUGACCUUAAAACAAAAGUCUUUAACAAGAAUUUUGACAACUAUUUUACAACAAUUCAAUAACCACAAAUCCGGUCUUGUAUGAAAUAUAGAAAAUUAAUUUUUCUUAAAGGGCUUUUGGAUAUUUCAAAUUUGCAGUGGCUACAAACAACGAGUAAAUUCCACACAAUAUCUUCACCAAAAUGACAGAAUUUGAAAAAAAGACAAAGUGCUUAGAAAGAAUGCUUAUCAGCAAUAAAUGUAUGAAUGCAACGAUGCUGUAACCGAGAAGAGACAAAGGAAGAGUUGUGUCCGCUCAAACGCUGGCUAUGCAAGCAAGUCCUGAACCUUAACAAUGAUCACUUGGGACGCCUGAAUGAUUUCAGAGUCAUUCCUAGCAUCUCCGUGUCAUUCUGUAACAUCUCACAGGAAUGAUUCUUGUUCCUACUGUGGAAUCGUAGGGAUGUUUCUGUUUUAGGGACCUCCGAGGUUCUCUUUACAUUUGCACAUGCGCCACUGUGGUUGUGGGUAUCAGAUGACCAGGACCCACCUGAGCAUCCAAGGGGAGGAAGAGGACCCCGACUGCAGCAAUGGCGCAUGUGCAUUUUGAUUUAAAGUGUAACAGGACUAUAUGUAUAUAUAAAUAUGUAUGUAUGUAACCCAAAGCAGAACAAGAACUGCUCGCUUCACUGCAAGUGUACAGAAAGACUGGAGCUUUAAAACGAUUUCAGAAUAAAGGUUACUGCUGAA